UAUUAAUUGUGAGCUCAUUCGGCCGGCUAAUAUCAAAUCGGCCGGCCUACAAUCGAUGUAUAUAUCAUAACGAAUCGAAGUUUCUUCAACGACAAAACAAAAACUCGACGAUGGCUUCUUUCUCGAUCGAAGACUUCGUCGGGAACGGAUCUCUCCAAGAGUUGCUCCCGAAGCUGCUCGACGAAGGUUGGGAUGAUGUCCCGACGUUGAAGGCGAUGAAUUCAGACGAAAUGGAAGAACUCGGCUUGACUCGAAAGCAAAAGGAUGCGCUCGAAGUACGAUCAUAUCUCCACGACCGGGCUCUAAUGCAAUACGCCGAUCGCCUAGAGGCGUCGGGAAAAGGCCUACCCAACCUCCUCCGCUUGAGCAGCGUCGACCUUGUUUCGCAAUUCAGCAUGAAAAAAGGCCACAUCGCUCGUUUCACGGACCGAACCCGCGAUUUCGCGCCCGAACCUUUACUUUCUCUUCCGACGAGAAAAAAAUUCAGUGCGCCAUCGAGGAAUAACAGCUUAUUAGAGCAAUCCGUCGCAAGUUUCAAAAUCGGAGAUGGAUACGUUUUCAAGGGCGUCGUAUCAGCCGGGCCGGCGGAGCCUAGAGCCUGCGGGUGCGUGCAACCGCCGCCCGUCGUCGAGAAUGUCGCGCCGUAUUCGAGCAUCGAGAACGUCUCGGUACAAAAACUCACCCCCGAAUACAAGAUCGGGAUGGAGAGAUUGAUCACGACGACGACGCCUCCGAUGAAGGCCUCCGAGCUGUGGCGCGAGAAACCGGCGAUACUCGUCUGCAUUCGAAGACCUGGAUGCAUAAUGUGUCGAGCCGAGGCACAUCAGCUGUACUCGAAGAAGCCGAUAUUCGACGCGCUCGGAGUUCAACUUUUCGCCGUUCUUCACGAGCACAUCGAAUCGGAGGUUCGGGACUUCUGGCCGCGAUAUUGGGGAGGCGUCGUUGUGCUCGACCGGGGUCGGGAAUUUUUCAAAGCGCUCGGCGGCGGGAAGCUGCUCAAAGACAAAUUCAUAUCGGGUUUCUUGCUCAACCCUCGAGCGAUCGCGAAUUAUAAACGAGCGAAAGCGUUUAAUAUCGAUCAAAACUUCAAGGGCGAAGGCGAGAUCAAGGGGGGACUAUACGUACUCGGCAGUGGCAAAACCGGAAUUGCUUACCAGUUCAUCGAGCGGAACUUCGGCGACUGGGCACCGCUCCCAGAAGUCAUCGAAAUCUGCACCCGGAUACAGAAUCGGCGCCAAACUGAAACAGAUACGAAAGAAUGACAACGACGACGAAGAAGAAGAAAGUUAUAACUUUGUAAUGAAAGAAAACGUUCGAUUCACCUUUGUAACGAAUAGUGUGUCGAGAAAACAACGUUUAAAAAAUUCGAUUCGAUACAGUUCGAUAAAGAGAGAAACGAAGUUCUUAUUCUUGUUUUACACUAGUAUACAUAUAAUUCGUGCCAUUCAUAA